AUGGCUCCUCUAGUGACUAUAUCUACUUGUUCCCUCAACCAGUGGGUGCUGGAUUUCGAAGGAAACACGAGCCGGAUUAUAGAAAGUAUCCGCAUUGCCAAAGCUGCUGGGGCUAGGCUUCGCGUAGGGCCUGAACUUGAAAUAACCGGCUACUCAUGCCAAGAUCACUUUUUGGAAGGGGAUCUCUACCUACAUGUUUGGCAAUGUAUUGCAACCAUCAUUGACCAUCCUGACUGUCAAGAUAUUCUGAUAGAUAUCGGUGCCCCUAUCCGCUAUAAUGCACGAAUCCAUAUUCUGAAUCGGAGGAUACUUCUGAUCAAGCCGAAGAUGUGGCUUGCGGGAGAUGCCAACUACUACGAAUACAGAUGGUUUACUUCAUGGGCCAAACCAAGAUAUGUUGAGGACUAUUAUCUUGAAAGAAUUGUAGGCGAGAUUACUGGUCAAGCCACUGUUCCAAUUGGAGAUGCAGUCAUCAGCACAUAUGACUCGGCCAUCGGUAUCGAAACCUGCGAGGAACUCUUCACCCCAAAUAAUCCAGGCAUCCAUAUGGGGCUCAAUGGAGUAGAAAUAUUUACAAAUUCAAGUGGAAGCCACCAUGAACUCAGAAAACUCAAGCAGAGAAUCGACCUUAUUCGUCACUGUACGAGAGGUGGUGGUAUCUAUUUAUAUGCCAAUCAACGGGGUGAAGACGGAAACGGACGUCUUUAUUUCGACGGCUCGGCCGGCAUAUUCGUCAAUGGGCGUAUUGUUGGAAUGAGCUCCCAGUUCUCCUUAAAGGAUGUAGAUGUUGUCACAGCUGUUGUGGACCUGGAAGAAGUCCGCAGUACUCGUACUUCGGUUAGUCGAAGCUCUCAAGGCAGUCAAGCACCUGCAUAUCGGCGGAUCGAAGCUGCAAUUUCGCUGUCGAACGAGUCAGAUUUACUUAACCCAAAUGUCAAACCCUCCCCUGAUAUCGAAUUGGAAUACCAUUCCCCAGAGGAAGAAAUUGCUCUGGGUCCAGCUUGCUGGCUUUGGGAUUAUCUGAGGCGCAGCAGGCAAUCUGGUUUCUUCCUUCCCCUCUCUGGAGGGCUGGACAGUGCAUCAGUUGCCGUAAUCACAUUCUCGAUGUGCCGGCUUGUUGUUUCUGCUUGCCGCGACGGAAAUCAGGCGGUUAUCGCAGAUGUGCGUAGGAUUGUCGGGGUGCCAGAAGAUUCAGAUUGGCUGCCAGAUACUCCUCAAGAGCUUUGUGGCAAAAUCCUUCACACAUGCUACAUGGGCACCACUAAUUCGAGCAAAGAAACGAGAAAUAGAGCAAAGCAGUUGGCCAAGUCUAUCGGAAGCUACCACAUUGAUCUUGACAUGGACUCUGUCGUUUCAGCGAUAUCUAACUUAUUCACUUUUGUAACUAACUUUACUCCACGUUUUUCCGUCCACGGUGGUACCGCCACUGAAAAUCUCGCUCUCCAAAAUAUUCAAGCACGCUCCCGCCUCGUUGUUGGCUAUAUGUUCGCUCAGCUUCUGCCUCUGGUACGGCAGAGGCCAGGGGGAUCUUCCCUCCUUGUUCUUGCAUCAGAAUAUGACUGUUCAAGCGCCGAUCUGAACCCAAUUGGCUCAAUUGAUAAACGCGACUUGAUCAACUUCCUAACGUGGGCAAAAGUAAACUUUGAUAUUCCUAUCAUUGAAAGCUUCGUGCAUGCCACUCCCACGGCAGAACUGGAGCCCAUUACCGAAAAUUAUACACAAUCCGAUGAAGACCAAAUGGGCAUGACAUACGCGGAGCUCUCCGUAUUUGGUCGCUUGCGCAAAAUAAGUAAGUGUGGUCCUUUCGGAAUGUAUGAAAAGCUCCUCCAUAUGUGGCCCGAACGACACACGCCACAAGAGAUAUAUGAGAAAGUUCGCAGGUUCUUCUAUUAUUAUGCAGUGAAUCGGCAUAAGCAGGUCGUGCUUACACCAAGCUAUCACGCGGAGAACUACAGUUGCGACGAUAACAGACAUGACCAACGGCCCAUUCUUUAUCCCGCAUUAUUUCCGUUCCAGAAUAAGAAGAUUGAAGAGCACGUGCGGGCUUUGGAAAGACGUGCGGAAACUCCAGUUACAUCCGAAGAUCCAGCUCAUGCUUCUCAGGGAAUAACGCGCAACCAUGCUGUACAGCUACACGAUGGCCCCGUAAGAGACGAGAACUAGGCUCAAAUUUUGUCAUGGUUUUAUGUAAAUAGCUGCUCCCGGUGUGAAAUACCCAGAACGAAGAGGCCAAGUCGAUGGCUGGGUGCUGGGUGGAUACGAGGGUUGAGGCAUCAGGAUCAAACUUGCGCGAAAUG